AUGACGUAGUCGUAGCACCUGACCACAAAGAUGAACUUUAGCAAUACGGCGUCGUUAUUGUGUUUAUAUUUGCGCCUACGUCACGUCGAUAGUCCGUCAUUCUAGAUAUGUGUUUAUUUGCAUAACACAAAGCAAUAAACGUCGAUAUUUCAUCGUUCGUGUCAGGAUAAGUCGUCUCUCCUUCACGCUAGCUUAGCUCGCUAGCUUAGCUUAGCAUCGCUAGCUGCUAAAAACAAAAGAGACAGAGCGGAAGUGAUCGACAGGUCGCUAAAGUGUUGUGAUUGUGUGAAAAUGUGCAAAGUAGGAAUGCUGAGAGUGUUGGUGAAGCAGCGACUAACUGCUGCUGUGGAAGAAAUAUUUGUAGUGUUAGAAAGAAUGAUAGCAGAAUACGAGGAGGAACUUUCUAGAACAAAAGAGGAGAACGAGCGACAACGUCAACUACUGGACGCUCUCUUCAACAAACAUCAAGUUGUGUCACACAGAAAAGACGAUUCCAGGGUGAAGCGGGAGAAAGCUCUGCAGCCUCUCAUUAAAGAGGAAAUGCUGGGAGAGCAUCUUGAAGGACUGGAGACCUUCCCGGCCAUCGGUGUCGUUGUGAAGAGUGAAGAUGACGAGGUCAGAGGUGAAAGUGAAGAGGAGCCUCCAAGCAGCAGCUCAACGCAACACGUGGCAACAGAAGCUGACGGAGACCACAGUGGAGGAUCAGAAGACCACCUCAUUGCUCCACUGUCAGAUAACGUCCGCGGAGAACAUCUUCCUCCUCAGCAGCAGGAGUGGAGCUCCAGGAUGGAGCAGGAGGAGCCACAGCCCUGCCACUUCAAAGAGGAAGAGGAGGACCACAGCAUCAGUCAUCUGGAAGGAUUGGAGGAGUUCCCAAUGAUCCGUGUGGUCGUGAAGAGUGAAGAAGAUGAGGUCAAAGGUGAAAGUGAGGAGAGGAGAGAGGCGGAGAGACCAAGCAGCAGCUCAACACAACACAUGACAAGAGAAGGUGAUGGUGGAGGAUCACAAGCAGACUUAGCUCCACUGUCAGAUAGUGAGGACACGACAUCGCCUGACACUGAUGAUGAAGACGUAAAAGCUGGCACGACGUGUCACACUGACAACACGCGCUUUCAAUGCUCUCAAUGUGACAAAAUAUUUGGCAACAAGAAAAAUCUGACAAGACACACGAGAUCUCACACUGGGAAAAAACCCUUCAGCUGCUCGGUGUGCGGUAAAAGCUUUUCUAUCAAGGGAGGUUUGACCGCACACACACGGACACACACAGGGGAGAAACCCUUCCUUUGCUCGGUGUGCGGCAAAAGCUUCUCUUUAAGAGGUAACCUGUUGAUGCACGCGAGGACACACACCGGAGAGAGACCGUUUUCCUGCUCAAUCUGCAAUUCUACUUUCGGAGUCCACGCGGUGUUGAUCAAACACAUGCGAACGCACACAGGAGAGAAACCUUUUGCCUGCUCGUUCUGCGGCAAAAGAUUUGCCGAGAGUUCCCAUUUGAUAACCCACGUGAGGUCGCACACCGGCGAGAAGCCUUUUUCCUGCUCAGUCUGCCAAACCAGCUUCAGCGAUCGCUCGGGAUUGGUGAAGCACACGAGAACGCACACCGGGGAGAAACCGUUCACCUGCUCGGUUUGCGGCAAAAAAUUCUCCAUCAAGGGACACAUGAAAACGCACGAGAGGACGCACACGGGGGAAAAACCAUAUUCCUGCUCGUUCUGUAACAAAGGUUUUGCAGACCGAUCGGCGUUUGUCCGCCACACCAGAACACACACGGGCGAGAAAGUCUUCGGUUGCAGUGUGUGUGACGAAAGGUUCUCUUACAAGUAUCAAGUAGCCAAUCACAAGUGUGCAGGCGACAAUCAUUAAAGCUGCUGGACGUCGUCACUCGGACUUAUUUGUGCUGGAAAUAUCACUUUGUAUUUCACUGAAAUAUUAUUUGAAUGGAAACAGUACAAAAAUAUGUAUUUUAUUUUGGUUAAAUGGACGUACCUUAUUGUGUAGGGCACUCCACAGAAUGUAAUGUUGCUACUACGCUGUUUUUCAGUAAUACACUAUAUUGCCAAAAGUAUUUGGCCACUCACAUAUGAAUUUGAAGUGCCAUCCCAUUCCUAACCCAUAGGGUUCAAUAUGACCUUUUGCAGCUAUUACAGCUUCAACUCUUCUGGGAAGGCUGUCCACAAGGUUGCGGAGUGUCUUUAUAGCAAUUUUCCACCAUUCUUCCAAAAGCACAUUGGUGAGGUCACACACUGAAGGCCUGGCUCUCAGUCUCCCUUCUAAUUCAUCCCAAAAGGUGUUCUAUCGGGUUCAGGUCAGGACUCUGUGCAGGCCAGUCAAGUUCAUCCACACCAGACUCUUGUCAUCCGUGUCUUUAUGGACCUUGCUUUGUGCACUGGUGCACAGUCAUGUUGGAAGAGGAAGGGGCCCGCUCCAAACUGUUCCCACAAGGUUGGGAGCGUGGAAUUGUCCAAAAUGUUUUUGGUAUCCUGGAGCAUUCAAAGUUCAUUUCACUGGAACUAACUCCUGAAAAACAACCCCACACCAUAAUUCCUCCUCCACCAAAUUUCACACUCGGCACAAUGCAGUCCGAGAUGUAGCGUUCUCCUGGCGACCUCCAAACCCAGACUGGUCCAUCAGAUUGCCAGAUAGAAAAGUGUGAUUCAUCAGUCCAGAGAAGGCGUCUCCACCGCUCUAGAGUCCAGUGGUGAUAUCCUUUACACCACUGCAUCCCACACUUUGCAUUGGACUUGGUGAUGUAUGGCUUAGAUGCAGCUGCUCGGCCAUGGAAAGCCAUUCCAUGAAGCUCUCUGCGUACUGUACGUGGGCUAAUUGGAAGGUGACAUGAAGUUUGGAGCUCUGUAGCAAGUGACUGUGCAGAAAGUCUUUGCACUAUGCUGACCUCUCUGUCAGUUUACCUGGCCUACCACUUGGUGGCUGAGUUGCUGUUGUUCCCAAACUCUUCACUUUUCUGAUAAUAAAGUUGACUUUGGAAUAUUUAGGAGCGAGGAAAUUUCAGGACUGGAUUUGUUGCACGGGUGGCAUCCUGUGACAGCUCCACGCUGGAAAUCACUGAAAGCGGCCCAUUCUUUCACAAAUGUUUGUAGAAACAGUCUCCAUGCCUAAGUGCUUGAUUUGAUACACCGGGCUGAGUGAUUAGGACACCUGAUUCUCAUCAUUUGGAUGGCUGGCCAAAUACUUUUGCCAAUAUGUGAACUUUUAAGACAAACCUCCUCUGUCGUCAAGGAGAUGAGCUUUCACUCUAUUUUGGUGCGGAAACAU